GAAAACAAUAUAAUUUUUAGUGUGCUUUGUAUACAUAAAUGUAUUAUUCUCAACACAGUGAUCUACUGUGAUUCUCAAUUUAUUUUCGGUAAACAUGGAUUUCAUAGAUGAUUUUAUUGAGGAAUACAGAAAAAAUCCAUGUCUUUGGAAGGCUGACUGUACAAAUUUUAAAAAUCGUACGAAGCGGCAAGAGGCGUAUUUGAAAUUAAUAGAAGUAGCAGCAAAGCAUGGAGAACAUUACAAUAUUGAACGAACGAAGCAAAAAAUUAAUAAUUUGAGAUGUGCAUUUCGACAACAAUUAAAGAAGAUCGUAGAGUCCAAGAACAAAGGAGAGAAGGAUGAGCCCUACUGUCCAAAACGCAAAUAUUUUGAAUCUUUGAUGUUUUUAAAAGAUGAGGAAAAUCUGGAGAGGAAAACAAAGCGUUGCGGAGUCAUAGGUCCGUCAAAUGGUGAUGAAAUCAUCGAAACGUGUGCUAUGGAGCAAGAUUGUAUCGUUGAGGGAAUCAUGGAGUCGAAUGUAGUAAGGAAUAAAUUGACGCAAAAUAUUUGCUCUUCAGAUAGCACGGAGGCAGAUCAGACUACAAAGUCGCUAUCACAAAAUGAAAUUUUAGAGGAACAAACCAUCGAAGAGAGUUUUACAGAAUAUAGCGACGAUGUGUACAAUAAAAUAAAUGACUUAAUGCCGUCUGAAAGGGGGUUGAAAGAUCAAAAAACAUUUGAAACUGAAAAAGAGAUGUCUUACCUAUCAGAAUCCAAUAACACUCGAAAACGAUCUUCGUCCACUUCGUCGCAAUUAUCAAAGGAAAUAGAACCUGCUAACAAAAGAACGUAUAAAUUGGAGACAUCUUCAAUAGACCUGGAAAAAAUUGUAUCACUUGCUUGUAAAAAUCAUAACAGCAAUAUAGAUGACCAUUUCACGAAUUUUGGAAAGGUCAUUGCACACAAACUUCGGACGAUGGACAAUUCUCAAGCAAUUUAUGCUGAAAAAAUUAUCACAGAUGUUUUGUUUCACGGUCAGAUGAAAGUGUUAACUGUAUCAAGCAUAAAACAAUUUUUAAAUGUUAAUUUCUCAGAUUUGUGCGAAACCGUUCGAUGUAACAAAUAAACUAUUUAAGCUAAAAAAUAAGUAUUUUCUCCUUUAAGAGCAAUAGAAAUGUCAAUUAUUUAUUGUAUAUAUAAAUCUGGGUCUGAUAAUUUUGACAGCUCAUUUAUUUUUCUUCAUUUAAAAUUAAAUGUACAAUACACUUACUUCAUUUCAAGAUUUGUUAUAAAGAUAUAUUUAUUUUCAAACUAUACUUAAAAUUUAAAAUCAGUUGAUUACCGCUGAAAUUAUGUGGAUAAAACUUGUAUAAUCCAAAAGGACGAAACGUUCGAAAUUUUAAUUUAUCUUAUACCAGUCCAAAGUGUCAGGCUUCGUUGCAGUUGCAUUCAACAUGCUGUGAACAUCACUGAACAUUUCAUUGCAUAUAUUAUCUUCAAGCUAAAAUUAAUAAACAUAAUUCUACCUUAUUAAUUUAUUUAUGACGUUUUAUAUUA